UAUCGAUUGCCGUUUUAUCGCGAGCCUGUUGUGGAAUUGUCCAGUUGCCGGGCAGGCAAAGCAAACUAUUUUAUGCACAAAAUAUUCACUACCGCUGCAUACGCCAGGACAUUCCCACCCCGAGAGUGCCCUUUGAAUAGCUUGCUAACGCUGCCAAAGGCGUGGAGGGUGCAAGUUGAAUGCAAUCUGAUUGUGUCAUACACAGGCUUAGCAAAUGACUAGAAAAGUUACCAAGCUGGCACUGGUCAGUCGGGUCAUGGUGCUGGUGGUCCAACUGGUGGCCAACUUUGCCACGCCCAACCACAAGCCCGACGUGUUCCGCAUGCCGCAAUCCGAGGACGCUAGCAAGAAUGGACCGUUUCCUUGGCUGGACAAACUGGUGCUGCAGAGCCUGUCUGGCCUACGGCACUGGGAUGGCGAGUACUUCCUGCACAUAGCCAGCAAUUUGUACACUUAUGAGAACACCCUGGCGUUCUAUCCGCUGUAUCCAGUCGUUGUGCGUCACGUGGCACAGGCCUGCCUUCACUUGGGUGUACCAUUGUCCCGAGACGCGCUCAUUUUGCUUGUGGCGGUGGCUCUCAAUGUCUGGAUAUUCUGCAAGGCGGCCAACGUCCUACACAAGCUGACCCAACGGAUGUUCAACGACCACAACAAGAGCUGGAAUGCGGCUUUGAUCUUCUGCUUUAAUCCGGCGUCGAUAUUCUUUAGUGCCGCCUACUCAGAGACCUUCUUUGCCUUCGCCAGCUUCUCGCUCAUGCUGGAGUGCAUGCGAUCUGAGAAGGAAUUUCGGACUCUAAGGCUGGGAGCUGCCUUGACUGGAUGCUUGGUCUGUCGCUCCAAUGGACUCAUAACCCUGGGAUUUCCCUUGUAUUUCGUUGCUCGCCACAUUCUGCUCUCUACGAGCUCGGCGCAGCGCUGCUGGCAGCUCAUCAAAAUGGGCCUGGCAAUGCUUGUUGCUCUCGGAAUCCUUCACACGUAUUACUUCUACAUCUACAGGCUGUACUGCCUGCCCGAUGUUAAGGUGCAGCAUGACCAGCACAUCUUGGACUACGCCAAGGAGAGGAGCUACUUGGUCUCUGGCCAGGCAUCGGCUGGAUCGCCCUGGUGCGGAUACACCCUGCCGUUUCCCUACACGUAUGUCCAAUCGCACUACUGGGAUGUGGGCUUUCUGCGCUACUACAAGUGGAAGCAGCUUCCAAACUUUCUGUUGGCCCUCCCCAUGCUGCUCUUCAUGCAUUGGCACUGCUACGACUACAUCAGGAAGCUCGUUGCUAACACAUGGUCGAAGAUCAACCAUGCCGAGUACAAAUGCCUCCUUAAGGAGCACAUUUCGUUCCCAUUCGUACUUCACGCCGCUGUGCUGACCCUCGUCUGCACGUUGUACGUACACAUUCAAGUUUCCACUCGACUCUUGGCAUCGGCUACGCCCGUGUUCUAUUGGUUUGCCGCCGAUCACAUGCCCAACACAUUCCAGCUCUCGUUCCGCUCCAAAACUGGGGCACUGUUCAUAUGGUGCCUCACAUACAGCCUGCUGGGAACGGUUCUCUUCAGCAACAACUAUCCAUGGACGUAAAGUGGAUAAGAGGAUAAGGAGCACGAGCGCUGGCUGCCAAAAGAGACUGUACAUCCGAAAGGAUUAAACUUUUAGCAUGUAAAUAUUUUUCAAAAGGACCGCAGAAUUGAAUUAAAAUUUUUGAACUACGA